AUGCCUAAAAGUCAAAACGAACUAAAAUUGGAGCGAUUAUGCUCUAAACGUGAAACUAUCUUUCGUAGGGCUCAAUUAUGUUACGAUGCCGGGUCGGCCUUAGAAAAAGAUCCAGAAAAUGCCUCAAAAAUGCGUAACUUUGCAGUUAGAUAUAGUACUUUCGAAAAAACUCUAUCAGAAUAUGAGGAAAUUGUUCAAGAUAUCGUUAUAUUAAAACAAGAGAUGGAGCCAGAUGCUGGCGUUGCAUACCAUACGCAUUUAGAUGCAUUUUAUGAUCUCUACUCCAAUAUUGAAUAUUUAGCUUCAUUAUUAAUAAAUAAACCUGCUGUUUUGAGUAAUAAUCCCAAUAGUACUAAUAAUUCUACUAUUAAAAUGCCCAAAUUUGAAUUAGUUAAGUUUGAUGGUGAAGAUAUAUCUCUGUGGCCUGUUUUCUAUGAAAAUUUCAAACAAUUUGUUCAUAACAAAAUAGAAUAUCCCAAGUCCGAUAAGCUACAGUAUUUGUUGAGUUGUAUUUCCGGGAAAGCCUUGAAAAGCUGUAGCUCAAUAGAACCCAUUCCUAAUAAUUAUGACAUUAUUUGGAAUAUGCUUGUUGAAAGAUAUAAUGAUAAAAAAUAUUUGUUUAAUCUCUAUAUGGAUCGAAUUGUUAAUUUUCGCGGUUUGCAAUCUAAUAAUCCAUCAUAUUUGGAAAUAUUUUUGGAAAAGUUUGAUACUAAUGUUUCUGCACUAAAACGAUUAAAUCUCGAUAAUUUAGAUGAUCAUAUUUUAACUUAUUUAGCUAUGUUAAAAUUACCACAAGAUACCAUAGAUUCAUUUGAUUUAAUAAGAAAUAAUAAUGAUUUACCCGCUUAUGAUGAUUUAUUGAAAUUUUUACGCCAACGUGUAGUAAAUCUCUUAUUAAAAAUGAUAGAUCAAGGAAUUCCAAAAAUAAUUUUUCGUUUCAAAAACCGAACAAAUCGUUUCAUUUGCAAGAACAGAAUACGUAUUCCUCCAUAG